UAUUUCCUGGUGACAUUCACUUGCUCCAUAUUCUCUGUAGACUGAAAUCACCUCUACACACUCACUGCCAGACUUUAGUCCAUAGCUCUGUCCCUGGCUUACUGACACAUAAGCUGCUGUAUUUCUCCAACCUCAGCUAGGUACCUAUCUCAGUCAUGGCAGACAGAAAGGCCACCAGCAGGGCAAGCACAAAAAGGAAAGAGAAGAAUGUGGAGAGCAAGGCUGAAAAAGAGCUGGAGAAAAAAUUGGAAAACAACACAGAGAGCAAUGAACAGAUGGAAAAAGAGAAGGUGAAAAAGAAGCCGGAGUCAGAGGACGAGAAACCAAAGGGAAAUGGGGAGACAGUCCAGGGGGCUCAAGGAGGUGCUGAGGAUGGAGAAUUUCAACUGGAGCCUAUAGAACUGCCUCCAUUUGAGAUCAUCGUAGGUGAUCGUCUGAACCCGUCCUUCUUCAAGUUCCAGUUCAAAAAUGUGGAGUACUCUUCAGGCCGAAACAAGACCUUCAUUUGCUAUCAAGUGGACAUAAAGGGUGGUGCAGCAGAACCUGAAGGUCUUCGUGGGUACUUGGAAGAUGAGCACUCAGGUGCUCAUGCUGAGGAGGCCUUCUUCCAGCAGGUGUUACCUCAAUAUAACAAAUCUCUGCAAUAUACAGUCACCUGGUAUACAUCAUCCAGUCCCUGUGCAGCAUGUGCCACUAAAUUAGGAGAGAUCCUGCGGGCCCGAAAAACGCUGCACCUCAACAUUCACUGCUCCCGCCUCUUCCUGUGGGAGGAGCCUGAAAUACAGGCCGGGCUGAAGGCCUUGGCGAAAGCAGGGUGCAAACUGCGGAUGAUGAGGCCAGUGGACUUCAGCUACUUAUGGUCUACUUUUGUGGAAAAUGAAGAAGAGAGUUUUACACCAUGGGAGGACUGUCAAGAUAACUAUGAGUAUUACGAUGAAAAGCUGAUCAACAUUCUGCAGUAGGGAUUCAACUCUUACAGGACACAGUUUUCCGCUCACUGCACGUGCAUCUUUUGUCUGCUGGAAUGUUGUGUUGUUCUGUCCACUGUCUGUCCAACACAGACCCACAAUUAUGUAUCUGAAAUGAUGGACAAUAAUGGAGUACAAAUACUGCACGGUUGUAAUUAAUCAUCACCUUCUGUUGUUCGUAUGUUACUCUAUUAUUUACACUUUGGGAAUUGUACUCUAUUUGCAUUAAAUGGAAUCUAAUUUAGACACCA